AUGCCUUCCGAUUCUUCCGAAAGACGUGAUUCGGCUUCGCCACCGCAAUCGCGCUCUGCUUCACCAUCCAUUCACGACAUCCUGACCCUCCGUGCCCUCGUCAGUACCAAGGACGCAGGUGUCAUCAUUGGAAAGGCUGGUAAAAACGUCGCCGACCUGCGAGACCAGACCGGUGUAAAGGCUGGCGUCAGCAAGGUCAUCCCUGGCGUGCAUGAACGGGUGCUUACGGUUACUGGCCUUGUCGAGGCUGUAGCAAGGGCAUACACUCUCAUCAUCUCCCAGCUCGUGGCCUCGAACCCUUCCUCUCCUAUUCCUGCCUCGCCCUCUACCUCCCAUACUUCUAUCCGUCUCCUUAUCUCACACAAUCUUAUGGGUACCAUCAUUGGACGCGGCGGUCUCAAAAUUAAGGCCAUUCAGGAUGGCUCCGGUGCCCGUAUGAUUGCCUCGAAAGAUAUGCUUCCGCAGUCAACCGAGCGUAUUGUGGAAGUCCAGGGUUCUCCAGACUCCAUUGGGCAUGCCAUUGAGGAGAUUGGCAAGUGUCUCUUGGAAGACUACGAGCGAGGCAUGGGCACUGUAUUGUACCAUCCUGGAACCAGCGAGGAGCGGUCUGGCAACCGACGAUCUGCGAAUGGUUACUCCAGCGCUUCCCGCCGCUCUAAUGGCGACAUACGUGGUCAUUUAUCGCCUCCGACCUCUCCCAGCAUGGGACCAACCACGAUGUCGGUCGUACCCGCUAAUCUGCGGACCCAGAAUAUCUCCAUUCCCUCUGACAUGGUCGGUUGUAUCAUCGGGCGGAGUGGAACGAAGAUUACCGAGAUCAGACGCCUGUCCGGUUCCAAAAUUUCUAUUGCCAAAGCUCCCCACGAUGAAACCGGUGAACGAAUGUUCACCAUCGUCGGAACCCCCGAAGCGAAUGAGAAGGCGCUGUUCUUGUUAUACAACCAGCUUGAGAGUGAAAAGGAGAGAAGGGUGGGACGGGAGCAACCGCAGGAAUUGCAGGAUUAA